AAGCAUGGCCAACUAACAUUCACUCACUCCCAACCAUCACCACUCCAUGUUCCUAGUGUGAUACUACUUAUAAAUUAGAUUGAACAAAUACACAGCAAUCCUCUAAAGUAGUUUCUACUCUCUUCUUCUGUACUCAAAGAACUUGGCCAUGGAGAAAAUAAGCUUCUUUGGGCAUGAAGGGCCAUGCCAACACCUACUACUUGCCCUCAUAGCACUUGCUAUAGCCUUCAUUGUCUUGAAUCCCUUUCACUUGGGACCUUUAGGGGGCCACGACUUCAGACCAGUAAGGCACAAUAUAGCUCCUUAUAGAGAAGUUAUGGCGAAUUGGCCAAAAGAUAACCAGAGCCGCCUGCGGUUCGGGAAGAGAGAGUUUGUCAAUGAGGUCUACGGCCCCGAGUCGAUAGACUUUGACUUAGAGGGAAGGGGUCCUUACACUGGCUUGGCCGAUGGCCGAGUUGUGAGGUGGAUGGGGGAUGGUCUAGGAUGGGAGACCUUUGCACUCGUUACUCCCGGCUGGUCUGAGAGCCUAUGUGCUAAUGGUAUCCACUCAACCACAUCAAAGCAAUCAAAGCACGAGCACAGGUGUGGCCGGCCUCUCGGCCUGCGGUUCAACAGAAAGAGUGGAGACUUGUACAUUGCAGAUGCCUACCAUGGCCUCAUGAUGGUGGGUCCGCAAGGGGGGAUCGCUACCCCUUUGGCUACUCAUGCAGAAGGAGAGCCAAUCCUUUUUGCAAAUGACUUAGACAUCCAUAGAAAUGGGUCCAUUUUCUUCACUGACACUAGCAGAAGAUACAAUAGAUUGAAUCAUUUCUUUAUACUAUUGGAAGGAGAGGAUACAGGAAGACUACUCAGAUAUGAUCCUUUAACUAAAAUGACCUCAGUUGUUCUUAGAGGUUUGUCCUUUGCAAAUGGAGUGCAGAUAUCUAAAGAUCAAACAUAUCUCCUCUUCACUGAGACCACAAAUUGCAGGAUAAUGAGAUAUUGGCUGGAGGGACCAAAAGCUGGAAGCAUGGAGCUGUUUGCAGAUUUGCCUGGUUUCCCGGACAAUGUGAGACUGAAUGAUAAGGGCCAAUUUUGGGUUGCAAUUGACUGUUGUCGAACACCUGUCCAGGAGAUACUCUCUCACAAUCCAUGGAUUAGAAACAUAUAUUUCAGGUUGCCCCUAAAGAUGAGCAUUUUAGCUAGGAAAAUGGGAAUGAAGAUGUACACAGUCAUAGCCCUCUUCAAUGAGGAUAGAGAGAUUGUAGAAGUCUUAGAAGAUAGAAGAGGUGAUGUAGCAAAACUAGUCAGUGAGGUUAAAGAGGUGAAUGGGAGACUUUGGAUAGGAACUGUGGCCCACAAUCAAAUCACUACUCUCUCCUUUCCUUGAUUUGUAAGAAUAGAAGGCCUUUGUAGAGCCUAAAUUCAUGAAUUCAUCCUCCUAUUUAAUGAAACAUAAUUUUGGCAAGAAGAUCCCUUCAAGAUUAGGUAGAUAUUAAGGGCUGCAAAACUUGUGUCUGUACCUUGGGUCUUAAUUUAUCCACCAUCCCAUUAGAAUUGCUCUUUCUGAAAGGCUAAACAUGUGUUAUAAUCUCCCUUGUUAUAUAUGUUGUCAAUGUAUUGAUGCUUGUGUUGAUAUCUUCAUUUGUUUGGUAGAUAAGCUGGGUUGUAAUUUAUAAGUACAAGUUUGUUGUAGCCAGUACCUUUCAAAUGGACUAUGUAUAGGUAUUUGAAAUCUUCUUCUUCA